AUGAAUGAAUGGAUCAAAAUGUUACUACUCUGUCUCAGGUUGGGCUCUAACCCACAGAGUGCUGAGUUGGUUAAUGCAGAAGUGGUUACUAAAAGGGAGACACUGACCAUAGGAGAAAUAUACUCCUACAUCAGGGAUGGAUCUAAUAAGGAGGCUUUUUUUGAGUGCACGGCUACGAUUGAUGAUGUGGUCCAUGGUUCAACCUGGUAUUACAUAUCAUGCAGUGGUUGCCAUACUAAGGCUACGAAAGGCCCAACUUCUUUGAUGUGUUCAAAAUGUGGGAAAGUCAACAUAUCAGGAGUACCACAGUACCGUGCACAGCUAUCUGUCUAUGACAACAGUGAGCAAGCUGUUUUUGUUCUUCUUGGUGAUGCUGGUUUUGAGUUAACCGGGAAGCAUGCAGCCGAGUUAGUCAGCAGCUAUGUUGAGGCUAAUGGAGACCAAGGAGUUACUCAAGAGGUGCCUUUCCCAGAAGCUUUAAUUAGCACUAUCGGUCAGAAACAUAACUUUUGUGUAAAAGUUACAAAGCACAACUUAGAUGGCAAGUCUCGAUCUUUGACUGUGACCAAGAUUCUCCCUCUGGAAUCUCCACCAGUCACAGAAGCUUCGAGAGGAAACUACAACCCGAUAACCUCAGAGGUCGGAUUUGAGACUGGAACGAAGGUGUGUGAAGCUUCCAAAAUCAGAGUGGAUUCGGCAGAGGGAAGUAAGAGCAAUGGUGACCUUGAUGAGAUGGGCAAAGCAAAACGCCUCAAGCGUGGGGGGUAG